CGCAAUGCAUCAGACAGAUGGAUGGCGGUAGAGAUACUCGUAAAGGGCGACAACUCGAAGCCGAACGGCAAAAGGCGACAGUGAGCGAGAUCCGGCCCGUGAAGGUGCUUUAUUCCAAGGAUGAUAGGCAGCCCCAGUCAACGUCCAUGGGACCCCGGCCGGCGAUGACGCAACUAGACCCAUCUCUGUCGUACAGGAGACCAAUUCCUCGUCCUGACGCCCAGUCCGAUUUCUGGGCUCAAAACCUUAAACCAGCACCCGAUGUAAGAGCUGAACAGCUGCAGGCGGAAUUUUUGUCCACAUCCCGACCAGAUCUACACCAAGGACAACCCGUGGCGCCCUAUCAGAGACGUGGGUACCCGGUAGACAUGCCAGCAGGUCCAACAGGCUACGAAUACCAGGAUUAUAACAGGCAAGUCCCGCCGAUGUAUGGUCAAAUGGGUCGGCCAAUGGGAUCUAACUAUCAAGCUUAUCAAGGACAAAAUCAGCCGUUCGCACCAGCAUAUCAGCAAUAUGAUCGUCCUUAUUAUUCAGUUCAGCGUUAUGAGAAUGAAUACAUGAACCCUCGUCUGUGGAGUGGUCCUCCUGCUGCUAACCCUACGACAUUCACGCAGGAUAUCCAAACGCCAUUGUAUAACACAAGCCAUGACUACUUUCACUCAGGAAGAACGACGCUUCCCCCUAGAAUGCAACAAGGAGGGGCAUAUCGUGGUUAUACCACCCCUCCAGCCUACAAUAUGCGCACCGCUCAAGGUAACAUGGCUGGAUAUCAAGACCAGAGCUAUAGUCCUCAAAGCUACAUGAUAAAUCAGGCUGUCCGAACCAUCCCAGAAAGGCCUUCUACCGCCACGACGAAAGGUACAGAUUCUUCGAGCGGAUCUGCGGAAAUGCUUCGUCUAUACGACAUUUCAAAACUCCCGCCGGAGAUGCAGAGUCAAGUAUAUCCGCAAAUUGAGGCAGGGAACCUAUCAACACAACGCCCGAACACAGGGACAGGCCAGGUCCUUCUCAGCGGGGCUGAUGAUGGAAAACACAAACCAAUAGUAGUCGCUUCUACCAGGCAGGAACUCAGUAAGACGCUGGAUGAAGUACGACAACAUUCAAUGAAGAACGCAGACCCCCCGAGCGCUAAAAUAGAAGACCCUUCUGUUGAGACAGACGAGGAGUCUGCGGAGGAAGAGCUGUCCGAGUGUUCUGAGGAAUUGGAUCAUGCUGCGGUCUUAUUACAGGAGGCGAUAAUGGACGCCGGCAUCGUUGAGAUAGAUGGAGUGUUAAUCAAUAGAAACAGCCAUCAAGUACCUCAAGACAAUGACCCGGACGGUAAAGAUCAACACGCUAUAGAGAGUCAUGCCGGUGAAGAGGGUGAACGGGUUGAGAAGGCGAAUGAGAUCCAGCUGGAGGCACAGGAAAUUAAUGUGUCAUCACGAGCUUCAGUUGAUUCAUUGACCAGUAGCUAUCAACACGACUCUAACGAAGGCACGGGUUCUGGCGCUAGAGGGACCGACGUCUGUCUUACCAAAAGUACCGAUGACACCGCUGCGGUUACGACGCAGAACAUCCUUGUCGAACCUUCAGAGAGCAGUCGCCAUGAUGCACAAAGCUUGAUGUCCUGCACAGAGCAAGAGAACAUCAUAGAGAGCCUCAUCCUGUGCUGUACGGACUUCGACCAGAGUACAGAACCAAAACAGCCUGAUGUUGACACCCGGUGCCGUCAACCAGAACCGUCCUCAGCUAAACAUACCUUGGAUCAAGAAAUUGCCGAGUUCAUGGGGAACACUACCUGGCAGCUAUAUACUGAAGGACAGGAUGGCGGGAGGGACGGUCCUGCAAGAGGAGGGGCGGGUUUGUUUCCAGGUUGGUUUGGUAGCAAGGAGGAGAGCAGGUUGACGACCUUCAUUGAUGGGGACAUCCAGGACGCAAGGCAGACAUAUGGUUCGAUGGGCAAUGAGAUUCUGCAUCCUUGCCCUACUUUUGAAGAAGAUGGGUCUGCACUGUGGUACCCGUACUGUGAGACGGAUGCAGGAUAUGUGGAUUACGUGAACAAUAACCUGUUGCCUUUUGGACCUCACACCGGACAGUAUGUGUCUGGUCCCGAUGCGACAUUCCCAGCCACGGAAUGGGGCAGAUCUCUCGGUAGCAGCCACCCUGUACAAGACACUGCUUCUUUAAGGAGGCAUGAUGUGAAUGAAUACAGUGUGUAUUCGAUGUGUAAGUCAGGUCAAGCUGCGGAUUUGCCAUUAUUUAACAGUUGGGACAUUGGAGACGCUGGUGCAAGAACUGUAGAUAGUCAAGUGGACGAUUCUGGGCGUAACACGGUUAUACAGGGCAUCAACCAAUAUACAAACAUGGUGGCCAUAAUGCCUUGUCCCACCACGGAGAUGGGACAAGCCGAAGGUUUUCCUGGCAUAUGCUUUGCUGAUUAUAUGUCCGAGUCGACGCAGGAUGUUGUUGCUGCUGUGAACAGUUCCGACCCAACCCAGUCGGAGACGAACUUAGCCUAUAUGUGGCAACUAGCUGAAAGUUUCGAGACGCCAUCCAUAAGUUGCAAGGAAGUGAAAGGGGAGACAAUCCAAGGUACUAGCGAUUGUGGUGACGUAUUUGUCAAUGGAAAUAUGAACAGUGAACAAACUGCAAAAUCAGGUGUUAAUAUGGACCGUGCAGGAAAUAGUGAUGAACUCAAAACGGACCAAUCAGGGCUAAGUAGUGGCACACCUUGUAAAGAUAUCGGCACACCAAUGGAGGAUUCUGAAAACCAAGAUGGCGGGGGUCACACGUCAACGCCACGGUCAAACUCGACCUGUGAGGUCAGCAGAACAUCUAGUCCUGAUGAAGGUAGUCGAUGCGUGGAGUCCAACGUUAGUCGGUCACCACUGUGUCCUGACCGCCAGACAGUCCCAGCCUUCAUGUCAUCACCGGUCGACCAACAUCCUUCAGCAGGGGAAGCCCUGGACGAACUGAACAGCUACCUGGAGUCCAUCCUACAGGAAGAAGGUUCCAGGACGGAAAACCAAUAACCAUGGGAAUAGGAAGUGAACAAUGGAAAAGUUAGAAGCCGAUAUAGAUAGGAUUAUAGCACUUCUCUCGGUGUCUGUGGAAAACAUCACAUUUUAACCUUUUUAUUUAAUCAAGUUUUAAUGUGAAAUCGUCUAAAAACUGGCCAACCGAUUUUGUUUUAUGCAUGAAUAUGUUCACUCGGCUAAAUAACAACUAUAUUCACCUUUCUUAAAAUCUCAGGGAAGUCCA